AUGGCCGAUUACAGCAAGUACCUGCGGCUACCUCUACUCGACAUCGUGCCCGAUCACUAUGAAGAUGGCGUGCCGGUUUUUACGCCGACCUACGCAGAGUUCAAAGACUUCUACCACUUCCAACGGUCGAUCAACCGGUUUGGGAUGGAGUCGGGGGUCGUGAAGGUGAUUCCGCCGCACGAGUGGGUAGAGAGCUUGGGGUAUACCCAGGAGUUGUACGAGUCGGUGCGAAUCAGGAAUCCGAUUGUUCAACAGAUCAACAUGGUGCAAAACGGUGUAUUUGCACAACAGAACGUGGAACGACAGCGGGGGUACUCGUUGGCCCAGUGGAAGGGGUUGUCUGAGCAGGCAAACUACCAGCCCCCGGCGGAGAGAGGAGGGACUCGAACGGGCAGCACAACCAAACCCCCAAAGCUGUCACUUCGUGACUUUCAUAUCGACAUCUCCCAGUACACCCCCGAACGAUGCCUCUCCCUUGAGAAAACCUACUGGCGGACACUCAACUACGCGGAACCGAUGUAUGGCGCGGACACCCUUGGAUCUGUUUUCAACCCUAAAGUCUCCUCCUGGAACGUCUCAAACCUCCCGAACAUUCUCGACCUCAUGGACGAGAAACUUCCCGGGGUGAACGAUGCAUACCUCUACGCGGGCCUCUGGAAGGCAACCUUUGCGUGGCAUUUGGAGGACCAGGACCUUUACUCGAUCAAUUAUAUCCAUCUAGGGGCCCCUAAGCAGUGGUACGCCAUCCCGCAGUCAUCUCGCGCCCAUUUUUUCGAGAUCAUGAAGGAUCUCUACCCCGAUGAGUACCGGCACUGUCACGACUUCUUACGCCACAAGACGUUUUUGGUCGCGCCCAAGUAUCUUGAGGCGCAUGGUGUAGUAGUGAACAAGGUUGUGCACCGCCAAGGCGAGUUCAUGAUUACGUACCCGUAUGGCUACCAUUGCGGGUUCAACUAUGGGUACAAUCUUGCAGAGUCGGUGAAUUUUGCCUUGGACUACUGGUUUGAGGUGGCCGAAAAGACCACCAAGUGCGAGUGUAUCGACGAUUCCGUCGGCAUCAAUGUUACGCAGCUCAAUAUGAAAUGGAGCUGGAUGUCGUGGAAAUUUCCAGCGAAGAAGAGAGCGAAGUUGAAAUACCAAAGCCAAAGUUGA